CACCAUGGCCUGAGUCUGGCUAGGAGGCUGUGACUUGGGGCAGAGGCAGUGCAGAGAAGCCAGGGAAAGAUUCAUUUCCAAUGGUCACAGGAAGCCCCUCCUUUGUCCCCUCCUCUCACUUCCUUCCUUUGUUCCUGGCUAAGGGGCUUUCAGCUUGGGAGGUAGCCAGAGCCACAGGUUAGUGGCCAGCUGGAUAACAGAAGACCUUGGGGCCUUGUGGUGUGGACACCUAGAAUCUGCCUUUCCUGGACUGCCUUGCCUUGCUCUAGGGGGCUUUGGCCCCCUAGUCUGUCUGCCUCUGCCUCACUUUCCUCCUCAUCAGCUUCUUCUGAGGAAGAAGUUUCUUGAGAAGGGAGGUGGUGGACCCUGUUGGUCUAGGGCCAGCCACCCACCAGGGGACACAUCACCUCAUCUCCUGGGCACCUACUGACUGCACCAGCUUUGGUUUCGGAUGUAAACAGAAGCUGUGACUUUUGUGAUUUCUUAUGGAGCCUACUACCAUUCUCUGAACUUGGAACCAGACUCAACUGACCUUGGUUCCUGAGACAGAAAGAUCUGUACCACAGUCCUAAUACAAGUCUUCAAAGGGAAAGCCAGCCUGAUCUUGUUCUCCGAAGUGGACAACUUCACUUCCUGCACCUGACCUGCCACGGCCCAGGAGACCCUGCCCCGCCUGGGCAUACCACAGCUGUGAAUAUGGGAGAGGACAUGGAAGUGUGGAAGCAAGUCUUCCAGGAGUUAAUGCAAGAAGUGAAACCAUGGCACAAAUGGACACUCAUGGUGGACAAGGGCCUUCUACCCAACGUCCUGAAGCCAAACUGGUUGCAAUACCAGCAAAAGACCUUUGCCAGGUUCCAGUGUUCUUUAUGCUCUCGCAGUUGGGCCUCUGGCCACGUCUUGGUGGUUUUUCACAUGCACUGGUGUGGAAAGAAGUGUAUGGGCCAGGUGAAGAUGCGGGUCUUUGCUCAGAAAUGCAAGAAAUGUCCCCAGCCUCCAUUUGAGAUUCCAGAGUUCACACAGGACAACAUCACAAGGAUCCUGAACAACCUGGUCUUCAAAAUCCUGAAGAAGUGCUAUGGAGAAGCAUUCAAACAAAUGGAGGAGAUUCCGUUGGUUGGGGAUGCCAGUCUUGAAGGACCACAUGACAGUAACAACUGUGAGGCAUGUUUGCAGGGCUUUUGUGCUCAGAGUGGCUUAGGCCUAGCCUCAAAGUCACCAGUGCCCCCAUUGUCACCCACCCCCUCUAAGUCGACUAGGGAGCCUACUGUCCCUGCUACUUGUAUCAACAUCCCCUGUUCACAAACCCCCUUGAAAGUGGAAAAGCCCCGAGCAUCAACAGUGAACCCCAAAGUCAGUAACCCUACCAAGGCUGACCCCAAAGUCAACCAUACCCCCAAAUCAUCAACUGUCCCAUUGGCAACAGAAGUUAUUUCGCAUACCCCUAAAUAUGUCCAUCAAAUGCGUUCUCCCAUCCAAAGCAGCAGAGCAGCAGAUGUAGCAACCAAGAAUAUCAGGCCCAAGACCCAAAACACAGUGCCCUCGUCCUCCUCUUUAAUUACACCCACUUCCUCAUUUGUCCCACCCACUUCCUCAUUGGUUGCACCCACUUCCUCCUCUUUAGCCAUGCCCUCUUCCUCCUCAUUGGUUACACACACUUCUUGGAACCCACCAGCAAACACGACUUGCAGGGUGGAGACGUAUGUGGGGACCUAUCCAUCAAGUGGGUCUUCCCAAUUUUGCGAAGACUGCCCGAGGUGCAUCCUGCAGAGCUUCUGCUCCUGCCGCCGUUUUCUCCUUGUAAUCUUUGUUAUCAUUGCUGUGUUGCUUGUUGUAAGAAACCUCAUAUGAGCCUUAAAGAAAAUGCUAAGAACCCACAUCAAAAGAGUGACAUAUUGUAUGACUCUCUUUAUAUGAAAUGUCUAUAAAAUCAGUAGAGACCAGAGGUGGCUGUCAGGGCUGGGGGAAGGGAAAACUGUAAAACCAUUACUUAAUUGAUACGGGUAUUGUGGGAGAAGGGGAGAUGAAAAUGUUUGGGAAUUUGAUGGAGAUUAUCACAAUAUUAUCAGUGCACUAAAAUCUAUUGAAUUGUUCAUCUUAA